AGAGCUUGGUGCUGAUGCAAGUCGCGUGGGUGUAUACGGGAAUACUGAAAGUCUGAAGCAAAUAUUUGAACACGGGCUGGGUAACUUGCACUGAAAUUGAUGCUUUGAAGCUAUAUCAGACGAGUUGCCAAUAUCCUAUGUUUUUGUUUUUAACAGUGCUGUGGAGAUGGCGGAUGCUGCUGAGUGUGGUGUAAAAGUGAUGUGCAGAUUCAGGCCUUUGAAUGAAUCGGAAACCACCCGAGGAGACAAAUACAUUCCGAAAUUCAAAGGCGAAGACACCGUGGUAAUAACGGGCAAGCCGUAUGUGUUUGACCGUGUCUUGCCACCCAACACAGCCCAGGAGCAGGUCUACGAUGCCUGUGCCAAGCAGAUUGUCAAAGAUGUGCUGGGCGGGUACAAUGGAACCAUCUUUGCCUAUGGCCAGACCUCAUCAGGAAAGACCCACACCAUGGAGGGUAAGCUCCAUGACUCCCAUCUGAUGGGCAUCAUUCCUCGCAUUGCCAGGGACAUCUUUGACCACAUCUACUCCAUGGAUGAAAACCUGGAGUUCCACAUCAAGGUCUCCUACUUUGAAAUAUACCUAGACAAAAUUCGAGACUUACUGGAUGUGUCAAAGACUAACCUGGCAGUGCACGAGGACAAGAACAAGGUGCCCUAUGUUAAGGGCUGUACGGAACGCUUUGUGUCCAGUCCAGAAGAGGUUAUGGAUGUCAUUGAUGAGGGAAAGUCCAAUCGUCAUGUUGCUGUUACAAACAUGAAUGAGCACAGUUCUCGCAGUCACAGCAUCUUCCUGAUCAACAUUAAGCAGGAGAACGUGGAGACAGAGCUGAAGUUGUCAGGAAAACUCUACCUGGUUGAUCUGGCUGGUAGUGAGAAAGUCAGUAAAACUGGGGCAGAGGGCUCUGUGUUGGACGAGGCCAAGAACAUUAACAAGUCCCUUUCUGCCCUGGGGAACGUCAUAUCAGCUCUGGCUGAGGGAACAAAAAGCCACGUCCCCUACAGAGACAGUAAGAUGACCCGUAUCCUGCAGGACUCUCUGGGGGGAAACUGCAGGACCACCAUCAUCAUCUGCUGCUCGCCGUCUGUCUAUAAUGAGGCCGAGACCAAGUCCACACUCAUGUUCGGACAAAGAGCUAAGACCAUAAAGAACACUGUGUCAGUUAACCAAGAGCUGACCGCUGAGGAGUGGAAGAAGAAGUACGAGAAGGAGAAGGAAAAGACCAAAGGCCUAAAAUACAUGAUCCAGAAACUGGAGACCGAGCUCAAACGCUGGAGAAAAGGUGAGGCAGUUCCAGUGACCGAGCAGCUGAGCAGUAAGGAGAAGAAGAGCAGCAGUGAUGCCACGGCAACGCUCGUGAUCGACACGAUGGCCCCGCCCCUAGUCCCUCUACUGGAGGAAGAGAAGAGCCGAUACGAGGAGCUCAUCACUGACCUGUACCAGCAGCUGGAUGACAAGGACGAUGAGAUCAACCAACACAGUCAGCUGGCUGAGAAGUUCAAGGAUCAGAUGAUGGAUCAAGAUGAGCUGCUGGCCUCAACCCGCAGAGACGGCGAAAAACUGCAAGAGGAUCUGUCCCGUCUGCAGAGGGAGAACGAGGCCGCCAAAGAGGAGGUGAAGGAGGUGCUUCAGGCCCUUGAGGAGCUAGCUGUUAACUACGACCACAAAAGCCAGGAAGUGGAGAAUAAGAACCGCUUCAACCGCCAGCUCAGUGAGGAACUCAACCAAAAGAGCACCACUCUGGAGGGCGUGCAGAGGGAGCUGUGCUCUCUGCAGGAGCUCAGCAGUCACCACAAGAAGAGAGCGGCAGAGAUCCUCGGCCUUCUGCUCCGAGACCUCAGCGAGAUCGGCAGUGUUAUCGGCACCAGCGAUCUCAAGGCGAUGACCGAGGUGAAUGAGGUGAUCGAGGAGGAGUUCACCAUGGCACGUCUGUACGUCAGCAAGAUGAAGUCAGAGGUCAAGUCCCUGGUGAACCGCAGCAGGCACCUGGAAAGCUCCUUGACGGACACCUCCCGCAAGACGCAGGCCAAUGAGAAGGAGCUGGCCUCCUGUCAGUUACUCAUCUCUCAGCUCCAGGCUAAGAUCAAGUCUCUGACAGACUACAUGCAGAACAUUGAGCAGAAGAAGAGACAACUGGAGGAGAGCCAGGACUCCCUAAUGGAGGAGCUCCAUGCGCUACGUGCACAAGAGAAAAUGAAAGAGGUGCACGUGAUGGAUAAGCAGAAGGAGCACCUGACCAAACUGCAGGACGCUGUGGAGAUGAAGAAGACGCUGGAAGAACAGAUGGAAAAUCACAGAGAGGUCCAUCAGAAGCAACUAUCUCGCCUGCGGGAUGAGAUCGACCACAAACAGAGGAUCUUAGAUGAGCUCAAAGAUCUAAACCAGGGCCUGCAGCUGGAACACAGGAAGAUGCAGUCUGACUAUGACAAACUAAAGGCUGAGGAGCAGGAGAAAGAAGAGAAGCUGCAGAAGCUAGUCUUAAUGCAUGAGAAGAGAAAGCAGGCCAAGGAGGACCUGAAAGGUCUGGAGGAAACUGUGGCCAAGGAACUACAGACACUACACAACCUACGCAGGCUCUUCAUCGAAGAGCUCAACGCACGUGUCGGUGUGAGUGGGGAGAUGGAAAACGAUGAAGCUGGGGGGAGCCUGGCUCAGAGACAGAGGAUCACGUUCCUGGAGAACAACCUGGAGCAGCUCACCAAGGUCCACAAACAGUUGGUGUGUGAUAAUGCUGACCUUCGCUGUGAGCUACCUAAGAUGGAGAAGCGCUUACGGGCUACAGCUGAGCGGGUUAAGGCGUUGGAAGCAGCCCUAAGGGAGGCCAAGGAGAGCGCCAUGAGGGAUCGCAAACGCUACCAACAGGAGGUUGACCGCAUCAAAGAGGCAGUGUGCUCCAAGAACGCCUCCAGGAGGGGCCACUCUGCUCAGAUAGCUAAGCCAAUCCGUGCGGGACAUCAGCAGCACCCCUCAGCCCCGGCGGGACACUCCAUCCGUGGGGGUUCUGUCCGCGGUGGCGGGGGGGUGUCCAGCCCUCACCACCACCGGCACCCGGCCUCUCCCUCAGCCCACCGCCAGCAGCCGCAGCCGCCACGCAACAAGUAAAACCCAGCAGCAGGGGAAGCUGCAUUUUCCAAAUGGCUCCACAGAACCACUGUUAUCUCUCUUUUGGAUUGGACCACACUCCCAGGCUGUCUGAGACAUAUCAAUCUCUCUUUCUAACCACUGGGACCAGACCUCUUCUCACCACUCUGCCUUUAUUGGAACUCUAGUCUCCUCAUUUCCAAACAAACACACUCUGUAAGCCCAAUAUACUUAUUGAGGUCUCGUAUCCACAUGACCAAGAGGAAUGAGAGGCUCCUUAAUGCUGAACAAGUGCUUAUCUAUCUCACUCCUUGAAUCUCUCACACUCUGCUUCCUUUUCUGGUGCUCUGUCUGUCUGUUGGUUUGUCAGCCUGUCUUGUUUCUGAGCUCCUUAAUGUAUGUUUUUGAGGGCAAGAUCUCUCAUGCUCAUUCAGCGUUGUCUCGUGAAACAGUCGGUUUGGAGGUUGACAUUAAAUAUGGCUGUUUGGUUCCACGUGGGUUAGUUUCUGUUUGAGGACUAUGCCCUCAGAAACAAUCGAAAGGUUACAGAAGGUGUAAAACAUGUACAAAACAAUGUUAGUAUUGCAGUGUUUUAGAUCCCACAUAGUGUUUUUCAGAUCACUUUAAUAGUAGUUGUUAGUGUUUUGAACGUAGCACUUUAUUUUUAUACAGAAUUCUGUUGGUUUUAUUAUUAUUUGCACAACUGUGAUGAAAAUAUCUUCCAUUUAUUUUAACAUUUUAUUUAUUCAACAUUGAUAGUAGUCAUUAGAGCAUUUGCUGACGUGACUGGGACAGUCUAGAGUCAGACUUUAGCAAUCUAUUCUGUUUACAAGUUUGAGAAGCACAAUGGUAUCUCAUUGUAGACAUAGACAAUGUAGACUAUGUAUGUAUCGAAUAUGUCUUAAUCAUAAUCAAGCUACAGGACGGUAACAACUGUCUAAGCAUUGGUUCAAAGAAUGUUAAACCAGGAUUUUAAACCUGUAAAUAUUUUGUUACCUUUUAGUUUCCAGGGCAUCUGAAUCUUUAAAUGUGUGUCACAUGCAGGUCAAAUCAAAAUACAAAAAUCAGCUGCUAAGAAAGCAAAACAGAGCUGUUAUACAUCUUAGGAAAAUAUAGAGAAAGAAAUGUGAAGAAUUAGAACCAAUAGACUGAGGUUAUUAUAUUGCUUUCUUCACAUGAUUUUGUUUUGCUGAUUUAGACUAGACUGUCUUACAUGCCAGGUUAUUUAAAAGAGAGUCUUAUGUCAGGGAGUGUAUUUGUUAGAACAUCUUAUCAGUAGACAAAAAGGUUUCUGGCUGGAAUCCCUGAUAUGACGAUGAAAAAUCUGUUCUGUCUUUGAGCAAGAAAGUUAAACCUGAUUGCACCUGUACGUCUCUCUGUAUAAUAGCAUCUGCAGAAUUCUUACUUUAAGAAACAUGGACAAAAAGAUAACUGAACACCUAUACAUUUCUGAAGUUGAUAUGAUGUGUGAUUGGUUUAUUCCACAAGCACAAUGCUGAUAUGUCAAUCGGUAAGUCUUGCAGUGUCUGUCUAGUAUGGAAUGCAGUAUUAAACUAAGGGUUUAUCAGGGAUUUCAAGUAUAGUCUUUCUUUGGAACAAAAAAAUCACAAUCAGACUGGUUUACAAAUGAUUAAGGGUUGUGAUUGUUACCACAUUAUCAUUAGUAUGUGAAAUAUACUGCUUCCUCCUUUGUCCCGUGUCAACUUGUAUUAAUGGUGCUGCUAAGUGAUAAUCACUAGUGUUUUCGUAGAUAUCUGCUCUCAUGUCGCAUCAAGUGCUUUGUUGAUAUCUGCUCUCUCAUAUGUAUCAAAUUAAGUGUUCUGUUCAUAAUGACAGCAUUUUUUAUUCUAGUUCACAAAGCCAGAGUUAAGUGUUUUGUUGAACUUUGUAUGAAGUGAUAAAGUAGAGGGCAUAUAUCAGACAUUAUGCUGGUGUAAAAUGUGUUUGUAUUCAGAUUUAUCUGAACAGGGAAUGGCACUCAUUCACCUCACAUACUGGUGAAAGUACUUCAUCAAUUUAUGUAGCCUACCUGAUUUGAAAAUAUGAAUGAGCCGUCAUUAAAAUACAUUAUGAUGAUACUGAAUGAUGACUGGUGGCUUUUGUCAAAUUCCAGAUCAUGACAUUUCCUGUUUUGUUUUUAUUUAAUCUCAAUCAUUUCUCUCUCUGUUUCUUACUUCUGGAGUGUCUAACCCUGUCUGAAAGUGGUACAAGAAACAAGGAAAAUCAGUUAUAGCCUAAGUCAUGUAUUUUCUUUCCUCAAUUACAGUGGAAAAGUAUGUUAAUCACAAGAUGUACUGUUUCUCUGUACUGUACCUAAUAGGCUAUUACACUGUUCUGUUCGCCAAAAUGGUGUUGGUGAUGAUGCCUGCAUGGUGUUAGAAGCAAUUUCUUGUCAAGAUUCAAUCAAAUAAAGACAGAUUGUUACGCA